AUGGCGAGAGUGGCUUGGACCCCGGAAGAAACUGCAAUCGCUAUAGUCUUCGAUAUGUGGGGCAUCGAUCAUGAAUUGAUUGCCAGGCUCAUCACGGAGCGAUGGUCUAUACUCAUGGGUGUGAGUCCAAAUGACUCCGUAUCCCAGUAUGGGCGGACUACAAAAGCAUUAGAAGCCCGACUAGAGCGCAUUCGAUUACGAAGCCCCGUGCUCUGGGAUGGGCAGGAAUGGAAUCCAGAUGCUGUUAGCGAAUUCCUCUUCUCCACAGCCGAUAAUGACCUUGUUUUGAAUUUAUUGGCACUAUCGGCGGCCGAUGCUCAUAGGAUAGCCCAGCUGUCCUAG